CGUGCCUGGUUGCUAGGGGCGGCGGCGCGGGAGUCCUUGGCAGCUGCAGAUGUUAGCUUCUCGUGCUUGCGGGCCUCGGUGCCAGCCCACCGAUCUCCUCGGUGCAAACAUAUGCUUAGACAGACGGAAGAUUAAGCUGAGCGUCCUCUUGUUAACUUACAGAGAUUAGGAAGGGGCUGUUGGCUGUUUCCAGAGGCUGAGUGAACUACAGAUCAUCAAAUACAGCAGCUCACCAAGAAGAUACUGUUGUUUGGGGGGGAACACACUGCCCAGUGACGCGAGGGAUGCCGCUGCCCAGCUGCCAACUGAAACCAGCUCUUCCUCAGGUUUUCCGUAGACUCUGGGCUGUGAUGGGGAAACUGCAGAGCAAACUCAGACACAGCACUUACAAGUACAGCAGGCCUGACGGACAUAUAGAAGAGGGAGUCCAGACUAAAGCAUCCCUGGAGUACAGCCCCGCUCAUGUGGAUUCUGUCUCUGUGGUUGCCACUCUGAGCUCAGACCUGUGUGUCUCUGGAGGAAAAGACAAGACCGCUGUGGCCUAUAAUUGGAAAACUGGACACGUGGUGAAAAGGUUCAGAGGGCAUGAGCGGGAAAUCACUAAGAUAGCCUGUAUUCCCAAAUCAAAGCAGUUUUUCAGCGCCUCUCGAGACAAGAGCGUCCUGAUGUGGGACCUGCAGGGCUCCUCCCAGCCCAGGCAGGAGCUGUCUGGCCAUGCCAUGGUGGUCACUGGCUUGGCUGUGAGUCCAGACUCAUCACAGCUGUGCACCGGCUCUCGCGACAACAGCCUGCUGCUGUGGGAUGUGGGGACUGGACGGUGUGUGCGGAGAGCGUCUGUCUCCAGGAACCUGGUCACUCACCUGUGCUGGGUCCCCAGAGAGCCAUAUGUACUCCAGUCCUCUGAGGAUAAGACCAUCAGAUUGUGGGAUAGUCGGGGGCUUCAGGUGGCUCAUGUGUUUCCCACAAAGCAGCACAUCCAGACCCACUGUGAAGUCAGCAUGGAUGGACACAUGUGUAUCUCUUGCAGCAGCGGCUUUGGGGGUGAAGGCUGUGAAGCCACGUUGUGGGACCUCAGGCAGACAAGAGACAGAGUGUGUGAGUAUAAGGGGCACUUCCAAACAGUUGCAUCCUGUGUCUUUCUACCCAAAUCCAUGGCCUUGAUGCCUGUGAUUGCUACCUCAGCUCAUGACUCCACAGUGAAGAUUUGGAACCAAGAUACUGGAGCCUGCCUUUUCACCUUGUCUCUGGAUGGAUCGGGACCCUUGACCUCCCUGGCUGUUGGUGACAUCACCUCCUUGUUAUGUGCGAGUUUCUACAGAGGAGUUCACGUACUCAGAGUGGACUGCAGCCGAGAGCUGGAGCUGCAGGAAGUGGCAGCCUUCUGAGGCCAAGACACUGACUAGACAAUAUCAGACCAUAGCCCCUCCUUUCUCUGUGGCUUUGUGUUUUUCCACAUGAUCUUGGGGAGUGGGGUGCAAGUCUGGUGUUCUUUUCUUAGGGUCACUUAGAAGGCAUAUCCGGGUUAGGUGUUGGUUUAAGUCCAGUGCUUACAAAGUCAGGGUGUGGCCCAGACUGGUCUUGAACUCACAGCAACCUUCUUGCCUCAGUCUCCUGACUGUUGGCAUUAAAGGUGUGAGACUGCACUCAAUAGAAAGUUCUUAAUCUCAAGGAAAUCCAAAUGGAAUUUUUAUCCAAAUGUGAGCUUUUGGGACUACUCUUCAAAAGAAAUGUACUUACUGGUCAAGAUGAUGGCUGGGGCCUAAGAGUGGCAAGCCUCUGUGAGCACGAAAAUGCGGGCUGGAGUCUCCAUGAAGGACAAUGUUUCGAGACAAAUCAAGUUGGUAAUAGUGUUGUUCCACAGAGGAAGUGGAUGGCAGGCAGUGAGAUUAAACUCAGUCACCUCAAAGCCACUUAGGGUAAGAGAGCAAAGGCGUCUAACUCCCUGGGCCUGUGCUGCCCAGGGGCACACAAACAAGAACAAGGACACUGCCCCAAUUACAGGGAUUAUUAAGCCUGCCCCAUGUUCCAAAAGGCAGAGGGGAUGGGAGACUAAGGCUAAGCAAUAUGCGUCUGUAAUUUGGGUAUUUUUAUUUAUAUAAGAAACACUGUACACCUCCAUCCUCCCUACCUCCCACCCCUGGGAACGGCCAGAGGCAAAGGAGUCAUCUCUGGAACAGAACAUGGAACACAGAGAGAUGGAUUCAUCUGAGUCCAGCAACCGCGCACCCUUCAGUGAGGAGGGUCCAGGCCACUGUGCAGCUCCCACAAGUCCAGUCUUCAGCCUUGAGCUCAGAAGUCCAUUUUGCUUUGGAUGAGUCCUAAAAUAAGACACCUGAGGCCUGGCCAGAGAAUGGCCACCUGUGUCCCUGUGGAUCAUGCCUGUCCAUGGUUCAGAGCUGACUGCCAUUUCCUCUCUCCCUCCUGUUGUCCCCAGGGUCAGGGGGUUCCUCACAUGUAAUAAGGUACUCAGGACCUUCACAGGGCUGUUCCUGAGGGCAAGCUGCAAGGGAGUCACGCAGUCUUGUCUAGACUGAAUGCUCCUUCACAAUAAACAUUUGCCUUCCCUCAUCUGUCUUACUUUCUAAUCUUUCAGCCUUUCAGUUCCCUGAUUUUUGGAUGACAAGGGAGUAGUGUAAGGGGGAGUUACUUCAUUGAAUACCUACAGUAGGCUAAGUAGAGUCUCAUUAAAUGCCAAAUGAUGUUCCCAUUUCACAGAUGGGAAAGCCAAGGCCCAGAGACAUGCAGCACUUUGACCACAGUUAUAAGCAUAGGAAGGGGAAAGACAGACUUGAAGCUAGGCAGUCCUCUACCCCCUUUUACCUUGGCUAUUUUAGACAUUCAUAGACCAUGAUGUUAGGGUUUUUUUGUUGUUGUUAUUUAUCUAGUUCUGGAGAUUAAACAUAUCAUUCCUGCUAUGCCACUGAGCUGUCCCCUUGGCUCUAGUGGGUUCCUGGGUGCUGUAGACAGGUCACCUCUUAGGACAAGGAAACCCUAGUGUGUGCUGGAUUCAUAGUGCUACCGCUGACAGAUUCUUCUGGACGGAGGCAGUAAGAAAGGAGCGGGUUGGGCGGGGUCCCCUGGUGAGUUAGAGGAUUCUGCACCAAUAUUGUCCCUUCCUGAACUCUGACUGUGUGCUUGAUGUCAGGUUUCCAACCUGUGCCUGAGAAGCAGAAAGAUGAGCAAACGCUCACAUUCAAAGAGCCUUUUAAAAGUCAUGAACUCUUCGUUGUGGAGGCCGCCCUCUACGUUCAUAUAAGGGAAUGUUCCAGAAAAGUCUCUUGUCAGUUAUAGAUUGAAAUUUAAGCACAUUUAUAUAUUAACAUUUACCAUUAGGAUAAACAUACACUAAGGAAAAUGAGUGGCAAUUAUUAAUGGUCUUCACAUAGCCUAGGGUUAGCAGCAAAGUGCGGGACCCAGGUUACUUGGAGAGUGUAACCUCUCAGCACUGAGGAGUAGGACCUUGGCCAUUCUGAGUGGUCCUUCAAAGCAGUUUCAUCAUAAGCACUAGAGUCGGCUGUGGUGGUAGGAGCCUGUGUCCCUGCAUGUUGGAGGUAGAGCAGGGGUCAGGAGCUCACACCACCUGCCCACACACACCCCCAAUUACAAAGAUUGCUAGUUGUUUGCCCAAAGUUGGCACAUCCUGGCACGGGCUGGCCAGUUAAUUCUACAUUUCAGCCAGGUGUGCCGUGGGGAUAUCUUGGAAAUUAUGGUCAUUGCAUUCACCAAUCAGCUUGAAAGGCAUGCGAAUGUGUGGGUCAGAAUGCCCCCCCAGGCCCACCCCCACUACCCCACUAGAGGAGUUUGGAGGUUUGAUAAAUGCUUCUGCAGCCCAGAUGAGGUCAGAACGGUUGGGUGGCCAGGGCCCUGGGUCACCAUGAGUUGAGCUGCUCUGCCUGCCAGCCUAGCUACACUGCUGCAGAAAGAGAAAUGAGCCUCUUUAAUCUUCUACAUAACUAUUUUACUAGGUUUAGUAACCAUAAGGAAUUUUGAGAUGUGUAAGCUUAAAUCUCUGAUUUCAUAAGUUGAAAAUAUUCUAGAAACCAAGACCUAGCAGCAGACGGGUGCAGGACAGGGAACUAGUAGGUUGCGCUGUUCCACACCCACAUUAAAUUCUGCCCCCCCCCGUUUCCUAUGUUUUGUAACUGUGGGCAAAUUGCUGCAUGUCGCUGAGCCUCAGCUUUCCCAUCUGUGAAAUGGGAACAUCAUUGGUGACUUUAAUUUGACCCUCACAGUCCUUUACACUGCAGGAAUGAAGUCGUAUGAAUGACAUCACUGUGGGCCUCAGCUCAACACAGCCUGGUCCACGAUCCAUGACUCUUGCUUUAAGACUAUAUUUGGGGUGUUUGUGAUGCUGCGAGAGACGCAGGUGAAGCAAGCAUGGACUGUCCAGGCUGCCUUUGCUUAGCAUGUUUGUGACAUUGACACCAUCCUCGUUAUUGGGCAGGAGUGUUUGUGCAUGGAAUUGGCACGUGGGUAGUUUCUAGUUUGGGACUCACAUGACAUAUGCUUGUGUCUGGAACAUCCUCAUAUCAUGUCUUUGGGUGUGCACAUGCUUGUGUCUGUGCUGUGGGACAAUGGCCAAAUAUAUGGUGGCUUGGGAGA